UCGACACGCGCCACAAUCUCCGCGUCGUAUACCGAGACAAUAUGAGAUGUUGACAGGGAUGCUAAACAAAUGACGAAAGAAAAGUCGUCCGUCGAAUCCCUCGCUCUACUUCGCUGGAAGUAGACCACCUGGGCACCUUUCCACCAUGCGUUCAGCACUGAGAACAGCACUGCAGGCAGAUGCACAACGACGAGCUGGCCGUGAUAGGAGCAAUUCUCUCUCGACAGUGCCGCCUGCCACAGACUCGGACGACUACGUGCCCGAGCUCGCUGCCAUCGCUGCCACGAUCCUAUACCGCUCUCCGCUACCUUCGAGCGAAGGCCGCCCCGUCUAUGUACUCAAUAGCGCGGCUUUUCCCGAUGCGUUCGAAGUCGACUACGACAGCCUGCUCUCCUAUGUACUCGCGCGACUCCCCGGCGAAGAUGAGCUGUUGUCGGGAACCGAAUACGAGAUAGUAUUUUUUGCGGGAGGACCAUUGGACAGUGCGACAGCAGAGAAGAAACAAGGUCCAGCAACAGGUUGGUAUCUGCAAGCCUACCAUGUCUUGGGCAGAGCGUUGCGGAAGAAGCUGGCGAUGCUGUAUAUUGUACAUCCUCGUACAUGGGUCAGAGUGCUCCUCAACGUCUUCGGGACUGUCGUUUCGCCCAAGUUCAGACGGAAGAUCCUGCACGUCAACUGCCUGACGCAACUGGCAGUGCACAUUCCCAUCGAAAAGCUAUUGAUACCACCCUCUGCAUAUCUCCAGGACCGAAAAUACUCGCCGGACAUAUUUUCUCCAUUUGUCACAGGCAGGCGAGCCUUUGGCGUUAAACAUCCACUUCCGAAGAACAUCACAACCGGCAAAACGAGGUUGCCACGAGUUCUGAGGGAGACCACCACAUUCCUGCUUGAGCCGUCGAAUGUGAAGACAGAGGGCAUCUUCCGCAUCCCACCCCACUCUACGCUCACCAGCAUCCUCAAGGAAGCUUACGAUCGUGGUCAGCAAUGGAUCGUCUGGAAGGAGAUGGACGCCUCGUAUUCCCAGCCUGGUCUUGAUAAGUCAACGAUCGAUGAGAUUCGCUCGGAAGACACAUAUGGGGUGCACCUGGCAGCCUCGAUGAUCAAGACAUGGUACCGAGAAUUGCGCGAGCCCAUCUUUCACGAGUCGAGCUAUGCGAUGCUGCGGGAAAGAUACAAUGACCCAGAUGUGCAAGUAACACCUGAAGAUCUAGUCGAUAUCAUGCUCGACAGCUCACCUGUGUCGCCACUUUCGGCAACAGCUCGAGAGAUCUUGACCAGGCACCUGCUACCACUUCUAUCCGUCGUUGCUCUGCAUGAACCGGACAACAAAAUGACCGCAGAGAACCUGGCUAUCUGCUUCUCGAUGUGCCUCGUUUGUGGAACCGAUCAGAUGGCAGACGCGAAAGUUUCUACUAUUGUGAAACGAAUACUACAGGCUGCCAUUACGAUGUGGCCACAGCUGCGGACGGGACUGGGACUUGAUGAGAGCAGUUUCUAUGCUGACCUCCAAGCACCUGAUGAUCCCAAAGAAUACGAAGACCCGCUGGAGCAACUGUGUCGCCCAUCCAGCUAUAGCGAGGACGAUCCAAAGAGUCAAAUCGGGCAUAGGAUAUCUAUGAAUGACUCGGAUGGGUCCGACUCUUCUAAUGGACAGCCACCAGCCCUGCCGCCUCGACGACGGUCUAGGGCCCAGUCGUUCAAAGCAGCAUUGGCACCACAUAUUCCUAACGUAGAGCUACCAAGACUACCGAAGAGAAAGCCAGCUCCAUAUCGCGAGCCCUCGCCCGGGCCUGCUGUCGCUCAGCAGCACACUACUGACGUCACAACUAUGGGUGAGCCACCAAGGUAUUCCAGUAUCUUUGACCGCGAAGGAAGGCAUCUGUCACGACCGGAAUCGCCUGGUAGCUUCGUUCAAGUGCCGGCCGAUGGCUUCGCACCACCUAGGAGAUCAGACUCAAGCUUUGAUAUGAUGGAAGAAGUGAAACAACAGAAACCACGGCGCCGACCAGUGUCGGGAGCCCCCGUUGAAGCGAUACCAAGCGGUCCUGCUUCAGCUGAGGGUAUUGGACGCACACUUCCAGGGUCGCUCGCCGACGUGCCCAAGCGCAAACCUGUGAGCAGGCAGACCUCAGUCAAGGGUGAGAACAGUCAGCGAGAUGGUUCGGUACUACAGAACUGCUCCCAGAGUACCAACACCAGCACCAGCACCAUCACUCCCGACUCUAUGCCUUCUAGACCCAUGCCAUCCAUGCCCGCAGGAACGAAUGCAGUCCUGGCCGAAAUGGCUGCCCGGCAAGCUGCUAACAACUUGGUGCAGAACAACGUAACCGACACGGAAGCUGUUUCGGUUAACUCCAGCACGGUGACACCAGUUCAACAUACAACACCCGCAGAUCUGGCUGUGAAGAUGCCACAAUCAACUACCUCCACGCCUGUGGUUGAAGGUCCCUUUCGUAAACCCUCCUGGCCUGCUUCAGCUAAACAGCAAGGUCCUGGCAUUCAAUCCUUGGCCAAGCCAAUUCUGCCAACGCGGACCUUGAAUACCAUUGUGCCUGCUGUUUCUGGCCCUGAUGGCACCGGUGGUCCUGCACCCGGGGUCCCCAAGCCACGAGCGCCUUCGGCCGGGCUACUCAAUAGAAUGAGUAGCUGGGAGAAUAGAGGCAACCCGGACUCGUCUCCGUCACAAAGUAGUGCUAUGCUCGAGCCGAGCAAGCUGAAUUUGAAAAAGAGUAGCGUCGAUGAUUUGAGGAGACUGUAUGAGGAGAGGGCUACUACGGCUAGCACUCUAGUGCAGAUUGGCAGGAGCUCGUCUAGUAAUCAAUAAUGAAGCGAAGCAUCCACCUGAAACCCCGCGUCCAUGGCAGCUUCGGCUUGCAUUGACAAGCUUUUCACUCGAGAGAUGGAUGGAGAGACAUUGUGCAUGGGCUUUUUACACGUACGGGGGAGCUGUAGAUACCUGUUUGGACCACAU